AUGGAGGAUAAGAGAAAAGUUAGUGAAAAAUGUGUAGUUAAAAACCCCACAAAGGAGUAGAGCACUUUCAGUAUCCUCAAACAAUGGAUAUUAUACUAAAAGUAGCUCUACUCCUUAACCUCACACACUUACCCGAGACUUAACCUUCAACCUUCAAGGUCGGGAGAUAGAGGAAUGUUUGGUUCGCGGGUUUAUGCUAAUCGAACCUAGAAUUGACUUUGAUUGGAUGAUGAUAUAGCUUGCACAUAUUCUCAAAGGAGGAUUUCCAUUAAAGCCUUUCCUUUCAAUACGUACAAUUAUAAUAAACUGACGCACGGUUGAGGACGGAGACAGACAUUCUGAAAUCUAGGUUUUACACACCAGAAUCUAUUGGAGCUAAUUAGGUGUUUUCCUCUGCACAGCGUCUUCAACCCUUCAACGUCAUCAGAAUGAACACGAACGAGUUCGCAAUGGUUGAAGAAUUGGCUUUUCUUAUUAAGGACAAUCUUCCUUCCAAGCACCUUGUUCUCUCUAUGGAAGAAGCCUUAGUUAAUUUCCUACAGGAUCAUACGAGGUCGAGUUCAGAUGGUGUGCUGGAGCUGGAACCAAUGAAUCCGUAUGACCGCCUUCUCUUGCAUCGUCUUGCAGAUAUUUUUGGAUUUUCCCAUCAAUCAAUUGGCGAAGGAGAUAAUCGACAUUUAGUAUUGGAACGCUGUCCAGAGACGUCAAUACCUUCCAUUCUCGUCAGUGAUUUAUUGUGGCAGUAUGAUGAUUAUCAAUCUCCAAUGUCACACCAAUUACUAAGGAGAAAAGAAGCUUCCCCAGUGAAGGUUGAAAAACCUACAUUUCAAUUCUCACUUGAGGAGAGAGAAGCAGCUUAUCUGGCUGCCCGUGAGCGGAUAUUUUCAGUGGAUGAAGGUGAGGUAAAAGAACCCGUACAGCAGAAGACGAGAACAAUUCCUGUUGUUGCCCGCCGUAUGAUUGCACAUGCUCUUGGUCAAAGAAUCAAUUCAUCCAAUCAGGCGCCUGGCCUUAGAUCUACUGAAGAGUAUGGAGAGCAAAAUGAUCAGAUGAACAUUCAGGAGAGGAGAGAACGUGGUACCUUGUCGAGGUUGGAAACUUUUCAAGAGACAACUAUCCCGCCUGGACAAACUGAGAACUCAUGUGGCAAAGCAAAAGUCAGCAAAGUUGACAGUGGUGCAUCAUCACAUCCUGAAAGGAAGAAGCAGCCACAGAAACUGGUUGAUAAGACACCCGCUAGGGUUGGCAUAUCUCGAACCGAAAGAAAUGAGAUAGCUGUUCCGAAGGACAAUUUGAAAGAGCAGCAUAUGGGAGCCGCGAAGAGGAUGUUUGCUCAUGCUUUGGGAUUUCACUCUGCCAAAGAUGGUGUCCCUUCUAAAUGCAAUGAAACAAAACAAACCAACCGAGUAAGCUUUGAGUAGUCUUUCAACAUAGCUGUCUCUCUUUUUCGCUUGGUAUGCUUGAAGACGAGCUUUCCAGGCUUUGCAUCCAACCAAUUAAUGAUUAAAUGAGCACAUAUAAUGUUUCAAGCCCUGAUAAUCGCUCUCUGGAGAUGUGGAACAAGAAGGGUCAACCUUACAUUGUCUGGUGGCUGCUGAAUUGAUGACUGCUUAUGCCAAUAUUUGCAAUGAAAGCAACCUGGUGGGAUAUGGUAAAGAUGGGUUUUAAUGGAAUGUUGAGGCUCAGGCUUUGCGCGACUUGAAGAGGCGCGAGAGCUGAACUAGUUCAUGUCUGAUUAUCUACAGUAAGGAUGAAGAAUACCUUUCUUUGUUGUAUGAUCUUUUUACUUCUAUGUUUUCCUUGGAAACUAUUCCUUCUUAGUGGGGGUGUCCUAGAUCCUGUUUGGUACUUGUUAUUUUUGCAUGUGAGUUGAUUGUCUAGAGAUGAUCAGAUGAUUGAUUGUGGGUCACCUAUAUGGUAUUAUCUUGAUUACGAAUCUCCGCGGUUGAUAAUUCAUUGUUGUGGUUUUACAUUUUGUAAAUAAUAAAACAACAAUAUGUCUGGAGUACU